AUGGCAACAACUACAACACUCUAUUUUCCCUCUCUUCCAUUAAUACUAAUAAUUAUAGUAUUCACAUUUCUUUCUUCUCAUCUAGAAGGCUCUACCUCUACUACUCAAGAACCUUUCAACGAAUCUUCAAGACUUCUUGAUCUCAUUCUAAGAGACUACACACUCAACUCCUUCAAGAACCAACAUAACUCAAUCAAGACAGGCCUUCUUCGUCGUGUUCAUCUUCCUUCUAACUACUCCGGCGUAAAACUUGACGCCGUUAGGUUCCGGUGUGGGAGUCUCAGACGAUAUGGAGCUCAGAUCAAAGAGUUCCAUAUCGGUGUUGGAGCGAUUCUUGAGCCGUGUGGAGAACGUCUUGUGGUAGUGAGACAAAUCUUGGAAUCAAAUUGGUCUGAUAUAUAUUACAAGAACUAUGAUCUCUCUGGUUAUAGACUAGUCUCUCCGGUUCUUGGGCUAUUAGCUUACAAUGCGUUAAACGACGUUGUUUUGGGGAACAAUGUGAGCAGUUCUUAUCAAAUAAGUCUCCUCUUAGACGGUGCUAAAGAUCUGUCCACCGUUGAUUUCGGAAAUGUUUCUGGACCAUCGAUGGUAGAGAGAACGUUCUUGAAUAAGCCAAUAUGUGUUACUUUUGGUCUCGACGGAAAAGUAACGUUUGCCGGAGAAGUAAAGCCGUUUGUCUGCGCCGUUAAAACUAACGGACAUUUUGGAUUAGUGGUGAAGGAUGAUCAUGCGUCGACUAACUCGAACGGUGGAGGAGAAAAGGAUAUGAAGAAGGAGAAGAUCGGACGGUGGAGAUCGGUUGUUGGAGGGCUUGUUGGGUCAGUGACGGUGGGUGUGGUGCUUUUAGGGCUGGUGGUUGCGGCGGCUGUGGUGGCGGCGAAGAAGAAGAGGAGAAGGGCAAAAAUGGAAGAGAUGGAGAGAAUAGCUUAUGAAGAAGAAGCUCUUAGAGUAGUGUCAAUGGUGGGUCAUUCUAGGGUUUUCAUUGCUUCUGCUUCAAGGACUUUGCCGGGUUUCAUGGAACAUGAGUGUGUUCCUAAUUAAUUUACGUUUAUUUCGCUUUUUGGAUUGUUUUUUUUGUUUUUUUCUUGUAAAAAGGUUUGACUUGAAAGUAUGUUUGGAGU